GAGCCGGAGCCAGCGCGCUUCAGACUUGAGAACAGUUCAGAGUCAGAACGUGCCUGAAAGAGAGAGAGAGAGUCAGCGAGUGAGCUCAAGGGGACUUAAAGGAGUCAGGGCGAGAAAGCGAGGGCUCUUAAGAGCUAGGCUCAAGACAGAGUGACCAUGGCUGUCUCCGCACCUCCGGUGAUCUCUGCAACUUCCAGCAAUGCUGGCGUCCCGGGGGGUUUAUUCCGGGCUGAACCCCUGUAUUCGUCUCCAGGAGAGCCCCCGCGUCUAACCCCUAACAUGAUCAACAGUUUCAUGGCCAAUAACCACAACGACAGUGUCGUGGGUGGAGGGAUUGGUGGUGGCAGCGGUGGCAGCAGCAACACCAACACAAAUGAGUGCCGGAUGGUCGACAUGCACGGGGUGAAGGUAGCUUCAUUCCUGAUGGACGGCCAGGAACUGAUCUGCCUGCCGCAAGUCUUUGACCUUUUCCUCAAGCACCUGGUGGGAGGGUUGCACACAGUGUACACUAAGCUGAAGAGACUGGACAUAUCUCCGGUGGUGUGCACUGUAGAGCAAGUUCGAAUCCUCCGCGGGCUGGGGGCCAUCCAGCCCGGGGUGAAUCGUUGCAAGCUCAUCACCAGGAAAGACUUCGAAACUUUGUUCACCGAUUGCACCAACGCCAGUUCAAGGCCUGGCAGACCCCCUAAGCGUUCUUUGGGAGUGUUGCAAGAUAAUGCCCGACUUCUGCCCCAUGCAGUCCCAGGCCUCUUAUCACCAGGACUGAUCACUCCAACAGGUAUAACAGCUGCAGCAAUGGCUGAGGCAAUGAAGCUCCAGAAGAUGAAGCUUAUGGCAAUGAAUACUCUUCAGGGUAAUGGAAGCCAAAAUGGGACUGAGUCAGAGCCAGAUGACCUUAACUCUACCACAGGUGGAAGUGAAUCCUCCUGGGAUAAAGAUAAGAUACAAUGUCCACUUGCUGCUCCUGGACCUCAACAUGGAAUUGCUCAUGCAGCACUUGCUGGCCAGCCAGGCCUUGGAGGUGCUCCUACCCUUAAUCCACUUCAGCAGAAUCACCUGCUAAGCAAUCGUCUGGAUCUCCCAUUUAUGAUGAUGCCUCAUCCCCUACUUCCAGUCAGCUUACCUCCUGCAUCAGUUGCCAUGGCAAUGAAUCAGAUGAAUCAUCUCAAUACUAUUGCCAACAUGGCUGCUGCAGCCCAGAUUCACAGUCCACUCUCCAGAGCUGGUGCCUCUGUUAUAAAGGAACGGAUCCCAGAGAGUCCUUCUCCUGCUCCCUCUCUGGAAGAGAGUCAUCGUCCUGGGAGCCAGAUCUCCUCCCAUCCAAGCAGCAGUGUAUCCAGCUCUCCAUCACAGAAGGAUCAUCAUUCAGAAAGAAUGGUUAUGAUGCCCAACAAUAGAGAAGAACUUAUUGUUGACCAAGAUAAUGGACAAAGCAUAAAAAAUUUCCAGAGGGAUAAUAAAGAAGAAGUACCAGCUCAAGUCCCAAUGAUGAAGUCACCCGUGGACAAGAUCCAGUUGGCUCCUGGACAGGCAUUGCCCCCUGGAUUCCCUGGACCAUUCAUUUUUGCUGAUAGUCUGUCUUCUGUGGAGACUCUGUUGACCAACAUUCAGGGUCUACUGAAAGUGGCUUUGGAUAACGCUCGCAUCCAGGAGAAGCAGAUUCAGCAGGAAAAGAAGGAACUGCGAAUAGAGCUCUUCAGAGAAAGAGAAAUUAGAGAAAACUUGGAGAGACAACUUGCAGUUGAGCUUCAAAGUAGAAGUACAAUCCAAAAGCGUCUGAAAAAGGAGAAAAAGGCUAAGAGAAAACUUCAAGAAGCCUUGGAAUUUGAAUCAAAACGCCGUGAGCAAGUGGAGCAAGCACUUAAACAAGCUACAUCUGGUGACAGUGGUCUGAGAAUGUUGAAAGAUUCUGGAAUUCCAGAUAUUGAAAUAGAAAACAGUGGAACGCCUCAUGACAGCGCUGCUAUGCAAGCCUGAACACUGAUGCCGGAACUCCAAGUGAUCACAGACAUGGAUAGGGUGCUGUGGCAGUUACCUGUUUACUUAGUGUUGUGAUUCUUUAGAAUUCAUGCUCAGAUUCUUUUAAAAUAUGGAACACUCAAUUCCUAUUUGUUCAUAAUUGUUAACUAGAACCUUGAACACAAGAAAAAUGUACUAGAGAUGGUCUUUGCAAGAUUUUAUGGGGCAAUUAUGAAGAGUGAAGGUGGUAUUUUAUAGUUUCUUUACCCAUUUCUUCCAACAAGCUCCUAUUACUUCACAAACAUUAUCACAUUUAUCCACACAGCAGGUUUGUAGUGGGUAAGUAGCUGGCACAAUUUUGAAGAUGGAUAAAAUGAUAUUUCUAGAUAAUAUGUAAGAAAAUAAAAUGUAGAUAAACCUACUUUGAGCUGUGCCUAUUAUGGAAUAACUUUCUAAUUAUCCAAUAUGUUAUUUCACAGUACCUUUAUUAGCAGACAAUUUAUUGGUAGAAUUGGUUGUGAUGGCUAUGAGCUCACUUUGUAGAAGAAAGUGUGCCUGAUUUGUUCUCUUAAAAAAAUCAUAGAGAGCUUAAUACUUAAGUCAUGUCACACCUAUAUUUUCCUUUUAACUGAUGAGGUAGAACAAAAUAUCUACUCCCUUUCUACUAGCACAUCUAUUAUCUAUAAAGAAGACAAUGAUAAAAACUGCUCCCAGCCUCCUAAAUAUGCCAACUUUAUUCCUUUUUUCUCCCUUUUGAGCACAAACUUUGCUUCUUCUUUAUAAUGGUACCAACAGAAAAAAAAAAAACCUAAUUGUAUGAAUAAAACCCACAGAUACAAGAAAAAAGAAUGAUAUUAGUUCAUUUUCAUUGUGAACAUUUAAACUAUUCAUCCUUUGGUCUAAAAACAUUCAGGUAACUUGCAUUUCAAGAGAUAUAUAAAUGGUUAAUUUGGCCUGAAUUGCUAAGGAAAUGUUUUAGAAUAUUUUUUGACAGUUUACUUAUUAAAAAUUAGGCCACAUACUGGUGACAUUAAUUAUGACCAUUUUCACACAUCCUAAGAAUCUAAUACAUCAGUAUUUGAGUGAUCAAAAUCAUUUAAUGACACUUCUCAAGCAUUCCCAUUGCACCAGCAAAAUCUUAUCCAUUGUGUAGUAUCUACCCUAGUAUUAAAUUCUGUUGUGACAAAAGUUCUACUCAUGUAAAAUACCAACUGAUACUUUAUUCAUUUUCUAAUAAUUAAUUGUUUGUGGUCAUAUAUGUAAAUUCCUUUGGAAUAACCAUUAAACUUAAAAUUUUUAAAAAUAAAACAUUAAUUCAUAUCAAGAUGAUAUAUUACUUGUUUCAAAUACUGAAAAUGUUUUCUAAAUUAUAAAGAAUUUUGCUUUUGGUACUUUCUAUGCUGCACACAUGAUCUACUUGUAUACAGUCUACAAUAUUUCACCUGAUUGCAUCAAAAUAAUGUGAACUUAGAAAUAAUUGAUGAACAAUGAAAUAAAAUUGGCAAUAUCAAAUAUAUGAAUGAAAUAACAAUAAUUUAUAACAAAAUGUACAACAUCCAUAGUCACCUUUUCAUUAUAUAGACAAAGAACAUGUACUAAAUGAUACACAAAAUUUAAUAGAAUUUCAAAAUCAGGUCACUUAGACAUAUAGUAAGUGACUUUUUUCACUAUUGUAAUUGAAAAGUAAAAACCCCUUUUUUUUCUGGCAUUUUCCCACUUGUUUGGCCUUUUUAAUGGCAUCUGAUGCUAGCUGUUCCUUUUUUGAUAAACUUUAGAUGUAUAAUACAGAAGGCAAGUAUUAUACUUAUUGGAUCUGAGAUAGCAAUGGGACUCUUGAUGGGUCAACCUAUUAUCAGAGGGUGUUCUAAUGGAGAAGACCAUAUAAGCCUCCUAUGUCAUCUCAAGUUAGGCAUUUCUGCAUUAAGGGAAGGAUUGCACAAACCUAUAUUUUUACUUAAAAUACUAUCAUAUCAUAUCUGUAGAUACAUAAUUCCCCAUUUUGCCCCUUGGAUAAAUAUUGAAGCAGUAUACUGCCAGCUCUCUACAAGUAUCAAAGUAUGUCCCUCCUUAUGAGUUUCAAAGAGCCAAACAUUAGACUGGAGAGGAGCUUUUCAUUGUUUUUCCUAUCUAUAAUCAUGUUUACAUACAGAAUGUAUAUGAGAUCAUAUCUGUUGAUGUUCAAGUACAAAACCCUCUUAAAAACAUGAAGGAGUCAACUACUAAUUAGCUGUUUCCUAUUCCUAAUGAUGUGAGCAUGGCAGAUUUGGAUUAAAAUUCAGCUACAGCUCUCUUCUGUUUAUGGUUCCAGAUGUUUUUGUUUUAUCUAGAAGUUUACUUUGACAGCUACUACUAAAUGAUAAAUCACUCAUAUUAUAGCUGAAAUGCAUUUUGAAAUUGAAACAUGGCAAACUUUGAGAUUGUUUCAAGGAACAGCAUUGAUUACUAGGUCAUUACUUGUUCCUUCCUUCUAAUCAGUGUGUAUUGGAAUACUCAGAGCAGUGACAGAAGAUGUCUCAAUAUUACAGAACAUGUCAUGCUGUUUGGUUACUGCUAUCCUUGCUAUCCUUAAAAUUUGGGGAAGUUUUACUAAUGGCAUUUCAACUUAUUGCAUUUUGAGUGAAGCAAUUAAUUUACAUCAUAAUGUUGUCUUCUUGGUGGCCUAGGAUGUCUUUUGAUUUGCCAAGUUGUUGUGCAAACUAUUCUUAAUAAGCUUUGUAAGUGGGUACAUUUAAUGAAGGCUAUGGCCAGAAAUGUUCGUCUCUUGUAACAAAGAUAAGAAUUAAGAAAAUAAAGUGAAAGAUUUUUUUUCAAAACUGCAUUUUUCCAAAAGAUAGUGAUUGUGUUUUCCAUUCAUUGCUGUGUUUAUAUGACAUUUUAGGUGACAUUGUUUGUUUUUCCCUUGCUUUCAAAUUUGUAACAUUCACAUUUUGUCCUGCAUGGCACAAGUUUUAUUAUUAUUGUAUAAAUUUAAAUCCUAGUGAAAAUGAAUGACAUUUGA